GCUCAGCAGGCAGUUGAACAGUAGUCCAAGAAAAAUUUCAUGUUCGCUUUGUUUUGCGUUUCUCUCCUCUGUGUGCACAAAGUGUGUGUGUUAUCCAAAGAAGGAAAAACUAAUUCAAUCAAAAGAAAAACUAACAAAAUCUCAGUUUUUCAUUUUCAAACAAGUGCUAUCAAAUCAAACAAUUUUAAUUUCUUCUAAACGCUCUUUAUUAUACACCCUUAAAAUCGCGUGAUUAUCAAAGAAGUAUCCUGGAAUAGCCCCAAAGGCCUACAAAAAAAAAAAAGAAAAAAGGAAGCAAAAAUUCAUUUCGCUUGCGUCUCUUCUUUUCUAUCCUCCGUAUCUCUACAUCGCACACAAGACACAACACAACACACCCGGGUACGGCUACGGCUACGGGUUUGCUGGUGCUCGCCUUUCGUCGUCUUUUGCCUUUCGUCGCCUACCCAUAGUCAUCCAACAACAACACAACAACAGAAAAGAAUUUGAUUUAUUUCCCCUGCUCCUCGUCGUCGCCCUCCCGGUGCUAUUUCUUUCUUAUAGUUCAUUUCAUGUUCAUGUAAAUCGUUUGGCGUGGUGAAUUUAUUAAAAGUCAGUGUUUUCGUUGUUUUGUGGUCAAACAAAUGGUGUGCCGAUUACAAUUGGAAAGAAUUUCUGCAAAAAUUUCCAUGGCCAACAAAAAUCAUUGUUUUUUAAGUUUUGUGCUUGUUUUGUAAAAGUAAAAAACGUCGCUUUCUAAAAAGGAUUGAGCAUAUUCUUGGGAUAUUUUGUCAUCUAUAUUUUCAAGCACAGGUUUUUCGAUGACAACAAUGUGCAAUUACCAGCAGCAGUAAUGGACACACUCAACGUCACGCCAAGCAACAGUAUCUCCAGCACCUCAGGCCGAGUUCAUCGACAUCAGCACCAUCAAACGCGGAAGGACAGCAGUGUACGGUCGUCUAGAUCGCCUUCAGGGAACCGCAGUGCUGUCGAUCAAAUGUCAAGAGAACGGGAUCGUGAUAGUGCUGAACCGUCUGCUUCCUUAUCGUCGAUAGGUGGCGUUACUGUUGUUGGAGGUGGGAGCAGUGUUGGAGGCGGCAGCAGCAGUAGUGCCGCAACAGUUGGAACGGUGACCAGUGGGGGAGCUGGUGGCACUGCCGCCACCUCUGUCGUAACUGGAAGCGGCGGAGGUGGUGGUGGUGGCGGAGUGGGAGUAGGAGUUGGUGGAAGUGGUGGUUUAACUAGCUCAGCAUCAGGUGCCCUGCGGUUUCGGAAUCAAAGUCCAUCAAACCGACGUAGUCGUGAGAGAAAUCGUAGAGAAUUUAAUCGCAGUUACGGAUCGGAUCAGGGAGGCUUACUGGUUUAUGGAGAAUUGCCUUUGGAUGCGAUGGGAUCAUUGGAGGACUCUAGAUUAUCAGUCAACGAAGAUCUUUGUCAUCAAUCGUUUGCAUCUGAUGAACCCGACGGUAACCCUCCAACACUUCUAACUGACAGCAACAAGAAACAUCACCGACGUCAUGAAAGGACAACCAGCCUGCAGGCCAUAGAUAGACUAAGUACAAAAAUUCAGUGUACAAAGGAAUCAAUUCGCAAAGAACAAACUGCCAGAGACGAUAAUGUCAAUGAAUAUCUCAAAUUAGCCGCUAGUGCUGAUAAGCAGCAAUUACAACGAAUAAAGGCUGUCUUUGAGAAGAAAAAUCAAAAGAGCGCACACACAAUUGCCCAAUUGCAGAAAAAACUCGAUAGCUAUACGAAACGGUCCAAAGAUAUACAAAACCAUCAAUUUCAUAACAAGAGCCAACACCGUCAACCAAGGGAGGUGUUACGAGAUGUGGGUCAGGGUUUAAGAAAUGUUGGUGGUAAUAUUCGUGAUGGUAUAACAGGAUUUUCUGGUUCAGUGAUGUCAAAACCCCGAGAAUUUGCACAUUUAAUUAAAAACAAAUUUGGCAGUGCUGAUAAUAUCAAUCAAAUGACAGAAGCUGAACUAAAUGCUCUUAACAUGCCAGUGAAUUCAUCAGAUGUUUAUGGCAUAUCAACGCCCAACAAUGCAAGUAAUAUUCCUGCCCAAUCAACGGGAUCUGGUAAUACAGGCGGAGCAGGUAGUGGGAAAUUCAAUAGUGACAACGGAAGCGAAUGCAGUAGUGUUACGAGCGAAAGUAUUCCAGCUGGUUCUGGAAAAAGCCAAUCAGGAGCCAGCCAAUAUAAUGUUAUUUAUAAAACUAUUCUUACACAACUACAAGAAAGGAAUGAUGAGCUUGAAAAGCUCAAAGAAAGAGUCGAAAGGCUAGAGAAUACACAAAAAGAGUUUAACAAUUUGACAGCAACGUUGGAAAGUGAACGAUAUCGUGCUGAAGGCUUAGAAGAACAAAUCAAUGAUCUGACCGAAUUGCACCAAAAUGAAAUUGAAAAUCUCAAACAAACUAUAGCCGAUAUGGAGGAAAAGGUACAAUAUCAAAGUGACGAGAGACUGAGAGAUGUUAACGAAGUUUUAGAAAAUUGCCAAACAAGAAUUUCUAAAAUGGAACACUUAUCGCAACAACAAUAUGUCACUGUUGAAGGAAUUGACAAUUCGAAUGCCCGUGCCCUUGUUGUUAAAUUAGUUAAUGUAGUUUUAACUGUAUUGCAAGUAGUUUUACUAUUAGUUGCAACAGCUGCUGGCAUUAUAAUGCCAUUUCUAAAAACGAGAGUUCGUGUUUUAACGACAUUCUUCUCAAUAUUUUUUAUAAUAUUUGUGAUACGUCAAUGGCCGGACGUUAAGGAUAUUGGAUCCGGUCUAGUGCGACAUUUAAAAGAGUCUUUGGUUGUUAAGUAAAAUAAUAAUGAAUACCUAAACAAAAACAUUAAAACAAAUAAACUAAAAUCCUAAAUAAAAUUUAAGUUUAACAAACAAAAAGCAAAAAAAAAGAAAACUACUACUAUGCAGGGCUUAGUACACCUACAUUAUAUACAUGUAUUUUUUAUUUGAUAUGGAUUACCUUUUUACUAUAAAAUAAUUUGCAAAAAUACAACAAAAACAAAGCAAAUUUAGGCUUACAAAUAAUAGAAACUCUCAUCGAUCACAUUUUCCUUGCAUCACUCAAUGCAUCUUUCUCUCUUUCGCAUAUUGUAUACAAAAUAAAUAAAUUAAAUAACAAUAAAAAUAACAAUUCAAAUAAAGUAAAAAAUUUAAAACAAAAUAAAAUACAUACAAAUGUAAAUAAAUCAAAUAUUUCGAAAUAUUAAAAAUAAAUAGUGAUAUUAAAUAUUUUUGUAUUAUUCUUUUGUAUAUACAUAUAAAAAAAAAACAACAAAAAACAUAAUAAUUGUAACAUUGCUUUUUUAUUUUUUAUUUUUCACUUCUGAUAAAAUAAUAAAUAAUAUUAAAAUAGCAUAGUAAAAAUGUAGCGCAUAGAUGUUAGUGUAUAUGUUACUUUUUUCGUUAAAUUGAUAUAAAGAAUUUUUACACGCUCACUUCAUGGCACUCAAAUAACAAAGUAAUACAAAAAUGUCUAUAAACCUUUCAAUUAUUUCUUUUUUAAUUUAUAAAUGACGAACAAAAUCCACGUUUCCAAAUAUAAAAAUAUCAAAUUUAUGUUUUUUUUUUUUUAAUUUUUAGUACUUCAUUUUAUUUAACGUUAACGAACCUUUUAAAUUAUGACUGAAUCAUCAAUAGAUAUGUAUCUUCAAAUUUUAUGUUGAAAAACAAAAUUAAGUUUUCGUAAAUUGUUUUGUUAAUAAGUUUUCAUAAAUAUACAUAAAAUUAAAAAGAAAAGAGUACGAACAUUCUUCGUAUUUUAUUUGCAUAUACUUUAACUUAAGAUCUUUUCUUAUCUGAAAAAUUGACGAAAACCCGUAUUUAUCAUAAAAAACAAAAAAAAUAUUGAUAAAAAAGAAAAUGUUUGUGCCCCCAUUAAAAACAGAAAUCAAAUAUACGAGUAAAAAGAAAAUAAAGAAUUGCAUAAAUAUAAUAACA